GGUGGGGUUGGCGGAGGGUCCUCCCGGGGCCAUGUGGGUGUUCGGCUACGGGUCCCUGAUCUGGAAGGUGGACUUCCCGUACGAGGCCAAGCUGGUGGGCUGCAUCAUGGGCUUCAGCCGCCGCUUCUGGCAGGGCAGCACCGACCACCGCGGGGUCCCCGGCAAGCCUGGAAGAGUUGUGACUCUCGUUGAAGACCCUGAGGGCUGCGUCUGGGGCGUGGCGUACCGACUGCCAGCCGGAAAGGAAGAAGAAGUCAAAGCCUACCUGGACUUCCGAGAAAAGGGCGGCUACAGGACCACGGUGGUGAGCUUCUACCCCAAAGACUCGGCGGUGAAACCGUUCGACGUGCUGCUCUACAUCGGGACGUGCGACAACCCCAACUACCUGGGCCCCGCGCCCCUGGAAGACAUCGCCAAGCAGAUCUUCGGCGCCGUCGGUCCCAGCGGCAAGAACACCGAGUACCUGUUUGAACUCGCCCACUCCAUCAGGAACCUCGUGCCCGAGGAUGCCGACGAGCACCUUUUUUCCCUGGAGAAGCUGGUGAAGGACCUCUUGGAAAGGAAAAACCUCAACUGCGUAUAAAAAUCCGAGAGGUUUUCCCAGACCGAGUCCCCUCCACCUCCAGGGUCGUCUUUACGGCCCGACGCGUACUUGGCUCAAUAGCUUACCCUCCCGCACGCUGGAAUCUUAUUUAUGGUCACGUGGCAUCUGAGAUGUCACAGUUUAAAGUCAUUUGGCUUUAAAUUACUAAGAGCUUACUACGUGCAAAGCCUUGUACUAAGGUGCUGUAAGAGUACAAAUUAACAACAGUUUAUGUUUUCUCUUUGAUACCUAAAUAGGUACGUGGCAUCUGAGAUGUCACAGUUUAAAGUCAUUUGGCUUUAAAUUACUAAGAGCUUACUAUGUGCAAAGCCUUGUACUAAGGUGCUGUAAGGGUACAAAUUAACAACAGUUUAUGUUUUCUCUUUUGAUACCUAAAUAGGUACGUGGCAUCUGAGAUGUCACAGUUUAAAGUCACUUGGCUUUAAAUUACUAAGAGCUUACUAUGUGCAAAGCCUUGUACUAAGGUGCUGUAAGGGUACAAAUUAACAACAGUUUAUGUUUUCUCUUUGAUACCUAAAUAGGUACGUGGCAUCUGAGAUGUCACAGUUUAAAGUCAUUUGGCAGACCGUUUGGAGGGUGGGGGUGAAUAUGUGCGGGAGGAAACCCGUGCCCCCCCAAAUUUGGUGGAGCGAAAAAGCCACUCCGAGGCUAAAAGGCCGAAAAAUGAUCCUGGAGGAUGGAGAAAGCUCGUCUUUGAGAACCAAAAAAAUACAGCAGCCGGCUUGACUACCUUAUGUUGACGGCAGAAAACAGUUGAUUUUCCAAUUUGGGAGGAGGGUAGGAGAGCAGAGAUUAGAGGUGAACCUGAACAAUUCUGCUCAAACCCUGACAUUCGGCCUCAUCCAGUCCUUGCUUCAUGACAGCGGCUUAACAAAUAGGUGUCUCUUUGGUCUUGUGCCAUAUAGUCACACCUCUGUGUUUUCUGGGGAAUGAUGCUGUCAGUUGUGGCAAAAAAAAAAAAAUAUUGAUACCACAUCCUGCCAGCGCCUCUUUUAUUUAAUUGCAAGACAACCAAAUUUAAGCUUAAAGUUUGGUUAACUCAGAGGUAAUUCCUUGAUAUUGUGGGUGUGUGUGGGUGGGUGGGUGUCGAAACUAGUCAUGGUUUAAAAAUGGCAGAAGCUGGAAAUAGCACAUGAUUAAUAUAUACCCCUAAAGGCACCAAAAGAUUUCAGUUCAGACUUGGAACUUUCUUGCCUUUCUGGGCUGGCCAGGCUCCUUAGGCUUAAGAUCAAUGUUUCCUGGUGUUGUAAUGUAGACAUUUUCCCACAGUUACCUUGCAUCUUGUUCGUGUUUGUUGAUUAGGCAUUGUUAUUGCACGGAAAACUUAUUCAAACUAAUAACAAUUGUGGUAUUUAAGCACUGACUACGUGCAAAGCACUGUACUGAGCGCAGGGAUAGAUAAAAUACAAUCAGAUC